GUUAAAAUGAUAAUCAAGCUCAAUGUCCAACAACGAUACCUCCUUAACAUUCCUUGAGGUAAACCAAACUCGGUCUCCAGGAGGAGAGAAGCUGAAGCGCGGGUACCAAUCGUGCGACAACUGCCGGGAGAAAAAGAAGAAGUGCGAGCCAUCUAGCAAGCAAGGAUCUACGUGUCUGCGGUGUGAGCAAGAGCUGAAGGUGUGCUCUACGACAUAUCAGAGAAAGAGGCGAAAGCUCCAAACCUCAACAUGCGGCAUCCAGGAUCUGGCUUCAUGUCAGGGUAGAAUCCUUCACUAAUUCCACUCUAUUCUCAUCGCAAUUAUCUGACCG